ACCAACCAAAAAGCAACAGCAACAACAACAACAAAAAAACCCACCCAAAAAAAACCACACUUAGCGGAAACUUGUCAGAGAAUGCUCCUAAAGUCUGGUUUUCUCCUGCUGCUGGUGAUCAGUGCAUCUGCAUCCUAUGAAGCUGAACAGAAUGACUCUGUGAGCCCCAGGAAACCCAGGGUUGCAGCCCAGAACUCAGCCGAGGUGGUUCGCUGCCUGAACAGUGCCCUCCAGGUGGGCUGCGGGGCCUUCGCCUGCCUGGAGAACUCCACGUGUGACACGGACGGCAUGUACGACAUCUGCAAGUCCUUCCUCUACAGCGCUGCUAAAUUUGACACUCAGGGAAAAGCUUUUGUGAAGGAAAGCUUGAAGUGCAUCGCAAACGGGGUUACGUCCAAGGUGUUCCUUGCCAUCCGGAGGUGCUCCACCUUCCAAAGAAUGAUCUCCGAGGUGCAAGAGGAGUGCUACAGCAAGCUGGACAUGUGUGGCAUCGCCAAACGCAAUCCCGAAGCCAUCACGGAGGUCGUCCAGCUCCCAAAUCAGUUCUCAAACCGGUAUUACAACAAGCUGGUGAGAAGCUUAUUGGAGUGCGACGAAGAGACCGUCAGCACCAUCAAGGACAGCUUGAUGGAGAAGAUCGGCCCCAACAUGGCGAGCCUCUUCCACCUGCUGCAGACAGACCACUGCGCCCAAGGCCACCCCCGUGCUGACUUCUCCAGGAGACGCAUCAGCGAGCCCCAGAAGCUAAAACUCUACUUCAGGAACCUCCGAGGUGAGGGGUCCGUCCCGACCCACGCGAAGCGCAGCUCCGCCGAAAGCGCGUGACGCCGCGGGGGGAACCGCCACGGGUGUGUAAGGGAUGCUGAGCACUACCAAAGCUGACGUCUCUCUUCUAGAAGAGUAAUGCACCCAACCCCAAGUGUACUGUAGCUAGUUUUAAUAACGACUAGGAACUGGUUUUAGGUUUUAGUUCAUGAAUAUUUUCUAUUCCUCUCCGACGAAACUUUUGCAUGGGUCCGUGUUCAGUGUCUCCGCUUUCCCGCCGUCAAAACGUCUCCAUCUCUUUUCUUCCCCACAAAAAUACACCCCCAACAACCUUAGUCUUAAAUAUAACCCUACAGUAGUCAGGCCUUCAGACACCAAACUCGAAACGUACUGUAGCGCUAACACCAUGGAGGUCUGAAGAUUUGGCACCAGGGAGAGUGGCUUUAUUCUCUCUUGUGUUGAGCUGGGAGGCGACGAUAGAUGCACUAAUAACUAUUGCACAUCCUAAAGAUGUCAAUGGAAUUCGUGUUAUGAAUCUGUGCUGGCCAUGGACGAAUAUGAAUGUCAUAUUCCUGGUCUCUUAGUGUCAUACAGUCCCAAUCCUUCCAACGCAGCUCCCUUAACCCCUUGAUUUACCCAACUCACUCCGCUGUGGGUGAGUCUAGUCCCCCAUGACCUGGCACCACAGUGCAAAAUGAGUUAAAACUACCCACCAACCCCCCCUAACCCCCCCUCCCCGACACACACCGAAUCAGGAAAGGAACAUUUUGUACUACGGAAAUGAUUAAAAGAGGUGCCAGUCGAUGGUUGAAGCUCAGAAGGUUACAUAAUCUUGCAUUGUAUUUAAAAGCUAACAUCUAUGUACUGUAUUUAACUGUCUAAAGCUUUAAAAGAAAUCUAACAAAAACAAACCCUGUCUUAAGACUAGAGUAUUAAAGGUCUUGCUCUAACUGUGGUAUAAAUAGUUUUAAAAUCUGUCAUGUACUGUACAUAAAUUCCACGAGAGUCUGCUUAAAAGGAGCAGAAUAUAAUAACUUUAUUGCAUAAACUUAGUUUUGUAAGUUAGCUAUUUCUUUUUUUCUUCCUGGAAACAGUAUCUCUGUCGUAUUCAAGAGUUCACAUUCUACUCUGUGGCCUUUUUUCUAAUGAAAGAGAGAAAAUGCUUAGGACAGAAAUUACAGGGCCAGAAACAAGCCUCUCUUCUCAUAGUGAAAAUGGAGGGGGGCGGGGGGGAAAGAGGAAAAAAAAAAAAAAGGAAAAAAAGAAGAGUUCAGCCUGGCCAGUCUUAUCUCCCCAGAGCUGCUGUGAGCCGUAGUCAUACCCGAGGCACGAGUGCUGCUGGGGAGCUAUUUGGGGAAUUAUCAGAUGGCUGAGAAAAAGCUGCUUUGGGCUCUGCCACGGGGUAAAACUUCCUUCAGAGAGUUGAUUUCCGGGGGAAAAGGCAGGAAAAAAAAAAAAAAAAAAAAAAUCCUUUGGAUUCUCUUUAAGCUUCAGAAGCGAAGGGAUGUGCUGGCCGUUGGGAGGACGCGGGGCUUCGUGCUCUGGGAUCUGCCUUCCCUCCUGCCUUCCCACCGGAGCAGCCGGUGGCCACCGUGGCUGGGCCCCCCCCCGCC